AAGUAAAAUUCACCUAAUAAAACACAAACAACUCAGACAAAACAUAACAAUCCCUUUCAUUUAUCACUAACAAACACUAUCACCCACUUUUUUCACCAAACAAAAAACAUAAUCACAUGAAACAUUAUACUCACACACUUAGUUCUUUGUAACUUAUCACAUAAUCUCCUCAUGGAACACGCAACUCCGGCCACACAUCCACCGCCACUAACCGCCGCACAAAUCGCCAUCCUCACAACCCCACCACCGCCUUUCCCUCCUCACACCGUCGAUCUCUCCCCUCUCGAGUUCCUCCUCGCCCUCAUCGCCAUCGUCACCAUCCCCGCCUUGAUCUACACCUGUAUCUUCGCCUUCGGGUUUCCGUUUUGUCGCCGGCGAACACACCAAAACGCUAACGAACUCUCUGUUUCUUCCGACGACACCACCAAAGUUGACGCUGCAGCUUCCAUCUUCGAUCUAAAGUACAGUACGGACGCUCAUCUGAAGGAGAUCGGCGGCGAGUGUCCGGUUUGCUUGUCGGUGUUUACCGACGGUGAGAAACUCCGGCAGCUGAGUUGUUGUAAGCACUAUUUUCAUGCGGAUUGUAUUGAUUUGUGGCUUAGAAAUCGAGUUACUUGUCCGAUUUGUCGAGCUACCGUUGCCGGUAAACGGCGGUGUUCAUCGGCGGCGGCGGAGGCUCCGGCGAGAAAUUAUGAUAUGAUGCAGGGUCUUCCGGAUGCUUCCGGUUUAGUGUAAAAUUGUAAUUUGUUAAUUCUGUUAAAAAAAUUGUGCCAUUUUAUUCUGCCAAAUCAGUUUAAUUGAUAGUUGUGUAAGUCGUGUAAGACUCUAGAGGAUAGAUAAAAUUAAUCCGACCAAGAUGAUAUAGGAAAUUUCUAAGAGUAAAAGUAUAGAGUUUCUAUUUUCUUGUUAUUGCAAACUUAUGUAAUUAAUUUUUAUUUUUAUUUUUUAAUAUUGUUUUUGAUGCAUGAGGUAGUAGAUAGUAAGGACUAAUAAGUUUAACUUUGUAUGAAAAAACCUUAAAUGACUAUUUUAUUACUCA